UACAUAAGCAUUUACUAAAUGCUUACUUCAGAACCUGCAAGUUUCUGUUAAAGUUAUGUCACAGUAUUUCAUUAUACUGCAGCUGUUUAUAGGUAGCCUAUUUCAUAAAUGCUUGUGUUGUGUACUGCUCAUUAAUGUGUUAUGUGGUUUAUGAAUUAAGUUAUUAUGUAGCAGCUCUUCAACUAAAGUGAUACAGAACUUGUUGAAGUAUACUAGUCAUAAAAAGUGAGCAGAUGUUAUGUGGGAUAAUUGUUGUGUAAUUCAUUUCCAGAAUGUCUUGACAAAAAACAAGAAACAAUUUAGAUAGUUUGCACUUGAAAAUAAAUUACACGAAAUGAACUACCCAACUCAAGCAAAAAUAAUUAAGAGCAACUUGAAUGGAGGCUGAUACAUCUGAUGCGGUUCAUGAUUUGAAAACAUGCGCAGAUAGGGCGCAGAGUUGACACCGAUGUGUUGCAACGUUAGCUGUGUUUAACGUUACAUGUUUUGACCAACUGUGCCUUGAAGUUACAGGAGAUUAUUCAAAAAAUGCACUGUAUUUUCAAUAGUCACGGACAUUCCUUGAUGUUCACCCAAACCUGUUCUCUUUGUUUAACCCGGACACCAUUAUUUCAGGUGUUACAUUUUAGCUAACGUUACUUUAUCCAAAACCAUUUGUCUCUCACCUUCUGUCGGAGACUGUCCCCAUCAUCACAUCAGUUUGAGGGACAUUUUGCAGCAAGAAGAAAUUACUCUGAAAUGCAUAAAAUUCCCAAAAAGACCAAAACGAAUAAAACUGUAGGCCUACAGAAGCCGUCGCAGACACCUUCGUCUUCUGGGCAAGUAACUCGAGACAAGAACAAAGUGGUGACAAUUUCAGUGCAGGCGAAACCGGGAUCUGAACAGAACGCGAUUACAGAGGCAGUAGGUGUCGCUAUUGCCGCACCGCCAACUGAUGGGCAGGCCAAUGCGGAUCUCGUUCUGGAGUUGAAGAGAAGAGAGGCGAAGUCGUUUUGGACAAGGGCUCCAGAUCCUGAGAAGAUUGUCAAGGUGACUGGGUCACUAACCCCGGAGCAGGUGUUAGACAGGUUAACGCAAGAGGCUUCUCGAUGACAUCAUGGAGGACUUUUUAUUUCAGGUCCUCUGCACCUUUACAGUAUUGUUGAUUUUAAGAUAUCUAUGGAAAACAGCUCAGAUAAAAUAGUAGCCUACUUUAUUAAUCCCCAAAGGGGACAUUUGUUUGCAUCAGCUGAUACAUACACCAAUAAAUGCACAAUUUGUGAAAUGCCCAAUAGUGAAGCAUUCUAUAAGGAUUUCAACUGUGUAGUGCUCUGCAAUUACACUGUUGAAAGAACCCUUGUUUACUGAGGCCAUCCUCUCUGUCCUCAGAAAUAAUUUGCUGUCUUAAAAUCUUUUGCACUGUGUUAUUGUUUUUAAAAAGUAAAAUAUCAAUGACAAUGA